AGCGGGAGAAGGGCGGUGGCGUCAUCACGUGACGGCCCUGCCUGGCGCUUGGCUCCCCACGCAGCCUCUCCACAGCUGACCCCCCGGUUCCCUUUGGACCCUGCCGUGGUCUGGCCUGGCUUGGUCUCGCCUCGCCCCGCGCAAGCAUGCCUAGCAGCGAGGCGGUGCCGCUGGGGCUGGGUGCCUGCCGCAGGUCGGGGGCGCUGGCCGGGAUGCUGGCGUUGGUGGCGCGGCUGCUGGAGUGGCUGCGCUCGCUGUUCUGGAAGGAGGAGAUGGAGCUCACCUUGGUGGGGCUGCAGUACUCGGGCAAGACCACACUGCUCACCGUGCUAGCGUCAGGGCAGUUCACAGAAGAUAUGAUUCCUACAGUAGGCUUCAAUAUGAGGAAAAUAACAAAAGGAAAUGUUACCAUAAAGGUAUGGGACAUUGGAGGACAACCAAGGUUUCGGAGCAUGUGGGAGCGUUACUGCAGAGGAGUCAAUGCAGUUGUUUACAUGGUGGAUGCAGCAGACUUGGAAAAAGUAGAAGCCUCAAAGAAUGAGCUACACAGUUUGAUAGAUAAACCACAGCUGCAUGGAAUCCCAGUGUUAGUCCUUGGAAAUAAAAGAGACCUCCCGGGUGCACUGGAUGAAAAGCAGUUAAUUGAGAAAUUAAACCUCUCAGCUAUUCAAGACAGAGAAAUCUGUUGCUAUUCCAUUUCCUGCAAAGAGAAGGAUAACAUUGACAUAACAUUACAAUGGCUUAUUCAGCACUCCAAAUCAAGACAGUGUUGAAGGAAAUUUCCCCCAAUCACUUUCACUCCUAUCAGCUGUGCACAAGUGUGAAAAGAUAAAAGACUGCAACUGCAUACUACCAGGACUCGCUUUGAUUGUGUUUGUCAACAGAAAUAAAACUGAGUUAUAGCUUGUCUCUCUAUCUUGGUGCUUUUUUAAAAACAAUCCAGAUACUUGUCUGCCUGGGUGAAUUUCCUGAACACCUUUAUACAAGAAUGAGGGAAAUCAAUACUUCUUGGGGCUGAAAUGGUUUGAGUUUAUGCAUGUGAAUUGUCAAAUACUUAGAAAUCUUUUCCUAAUUUGGAACUGAAUAAACUGCACAG